GCAGCAGUCGCCUUUGUUCUCAGGGGCGAGUGGCCGCCGCCGCUGCUGCUGUUGCUGCCGUUUUGCUGCCUUUGCCGCUACCUCCACCGCCGCUGUUUGGCCGGGGGUCGCUCGGCGAUUAUCGGCGGCGGGGAGAUUUGCACAGAGAUCGGAGGCGGGGGGGGGGGGUCGUCACUCGACGGACGGCUGGAGAGAGAGGCGGCGGCGGCGGCGGGCGCGUGUUUUUGGCCGAGCCGACGUGCGCGUCGAGACGAGGGGGGUGGUGGUGGGGAGGGAGGAAGGAGGAGGCCACGGUGGCGGCGACGGAGCCGCCGGGUGAGUUGUGGAUAAAUCGGCACACCGACUGACACAAGCGCUCCGACUACACGACAAAAAGCAACAACGAUACCAACAACGACAAGAACUGGGGCCAAGAGCAUUUACUUGGGCACACAGGAGCUGACAAGUAAUAUUUACAGAAGGAAACAUUGGAGAUGUUGAGCUCAUUGUUAUGACAUUAAAGUUAACUUGAAUUUAUACGACCUUACAAUCACGUGAAUUUUUUUUUAAUACAGCUUAAGAAGGCUUAAAAAAUAUUUUAAGAAGAUAUAAAGUAAAUGGAAUCGUUAUACAAGCCGAUCAUAAGAUGUAUGGCAGUUGAAUAACACGACAGUAUUUUAACAUUAGUUUUGUAAUAAGGUGCUAAAUCUGCACGAACAAAGGCUGAAAACAAAAACCACCAUUACAAACAUCUCCAGCGCCAAGUGUUUUAAGCACUGAGUCUACACCUCACUUGCGACAAACUCUGCACAAAUGUGACUCGGAGGCAUAACAGUCACAAACACAUUUAAGCAUUUUAGCUCAACGUGAAGACAAACCCUCGUUUGCCCUAUCGAUUUCAAAACUCGAUCGAAAAAUCAUUGUACUUCUGGCUUCUUUUUGGAUGCACCGUAGGGCCCGCCGACACGUGCGUUUUUGGCCCCGUCUCGGUAAAUAAUUGCGAGCCAUCGAGGAAAAAUAGCGGAGGCGGGGAGCGGGGGAGGUGCGCCGGUGAGCCGCCCUCGGUUGACCGUGUGCCUAUCGCGGCGCGCUAGCGGGCCCUCGGCGCGUGCCGCCGGCGGGGGGGGGCAGCCCCCCUCAUCGCCACUGCAGCAACUGCAGCAGCAGCAGCCCCCUCCGGCCGCCGCCUCCUCCUCCUCGUCGGCCUCGUCCGGCGGAAAGAGGGGCGGCUCGGCGACGUUCACGCACCGCCGGCAAGGCUCGUGGACCAUCAUGGCCUCCUCACGGUCGUCGAGUGACGGGCACGCCCCGCCCGCCACUGCCAACAACGCCACCGCCGUGCAUUGUGGGGGGGCCCCGGUGCACUGUGGGGGCGGUAGCGGGCGCAGAAGGCGGAGCUGCACGGUGGACGGCGGUGGGGGUGGCAGUGCUGGGGGCGGGGGGGUGGUGACCGGAGUGAGCGGCGGAGGAGGAGGAGCUGACAGUGACUGCGUGGACGAGGAUGAGAUGGAGAAGGAGAUGGCAGGCCUCCCUGAUGAGGGCCGGAAGUCGAAGCCUCGGAAGUCGGCGAAGAGGAAACCUCGAUUCCAGAGGAACGACAACGGAGACAUCGCCACGUACACGACGGAUGACGCCACCAUCUACCAGCCUGGAGACUGCGUGUACAUAGAGUCGCGACGGCCAGACAUCCCCUACUUCAUCUGCAGCAUCCAAGACUUCAAACUUAGCAAGAGGGACCACCUCAUGAUGAACGUCAAGUGGUACUACCGGCAGUCCGAGGUGCCGGACUCAGUCUACCAACUACUAGUCCAAGACCGGCACAAUGAGAACGAUUCUGGCCGGGACCUAGUGAUUGUGGACCCCGUCAUCAGGAGCCGGGAACUCUUCAUAUCGGACUGCAUUGACACGUACCACGCGUCGGCACUCCGGGGUAAGUGUGGCGUGUCGCACUUUUCGGACAUCUUUGCUGCAAAGGAUUUCAAAGCAAAGUCCGACACAUUCUUUUACAUCCUCGGAUACAACCCUGAGACGAGGAGGCUGAACAGCACCCAGGGAGAGAUCAGAGUUGGACCAAGCCACCAGGCGAAGCUGCCGGAGCUGCUGGUUCCCCCGGGUUCACUGGUGCCGGACUCUGAAAGUGGCGGCGAGGGCACUGCGUUCGAGGAGCGCGUCUGGAUCCCCGGCAUCUCCGACUGCGACCUCAUCAUGUACCUGCGAGCGGCGCGGAGCAUGGCUGCCUAUGCGGGGAUGUGCGACGGGGGCCUCACAGAGGACGGAUGCCUCGCUGCCUCGAGGGAUGACACGACUAUCAACGCUCUGGACGUGCUGCAUGCAAGCGGCUAUGACCGGGGCAAGGCCUUGCAAACACUGCUGCUCAAGCCAUUCCCUCGCUCCGUGGACAAGCGCUGGAGUGACGAUGAGACUAAACGUUUUGUGCGUGGGCUCAGGCAGUUUGGGAAAAACUUUUUCCGCAUCCGCAAAGAGCUGCUGCCUCACAAAGAAACGGGCGAACUCGUCACAUUCUACUAUUACUGGAAGAAGACACCCGAGGCGUCACACUCGCGCCCGCACCGCCGUCACCGCCGCCAGGCCGUGUUCCGCCGCAUCAAGACCCGCACCAUCCCCACGGCAACGCCCCCAGCGAGCCAAUCACGGCCGCCCUCCAGCGAGUUCUUGGAUCUGAGCUCUGCGAGUGAGGACGACUUUGAUAGUGAAGACAGUGACCAGGAGCUGCGUGGUUACGCCUGCAGACAUUGCUUCACCACCACGUCGCGCGAUUGGCAUCACGGCGGGCGCGACCGCCUGCUGUUGUGCUACGACUGCCGCUUGUACUUCAAGAAGUACGGGGAGAUGCCGCCCAUUCAGCACCAGGCACCACCGCCGCCGUUCAUGUUCAAGCCCGUGCGGGACGACGACGCCACCGCCCCUAACAACCAGGGGCCCGGGGUGCCCGGCAGUGCAGGCGGAGGCGCUGCGACUCCUCCCGUUGGAAAACACAGCAUGCGAACUCGACGCAGCCGAACAUCCGCCCGUGCUCAGGCUGGGGAGCCAACAGCGGACGACUCCCGCGCGUGUGGCCGCACAUCGCCUGGGGCGACCAGCACGGACAGCACGGACCUCGACAAACACAGCAAGAAGGCCCCGGAGGCGGAGACGCCACCUCCCCAUGCCGGCAAGCGCUUGCGUGACAAGAGCCUCUCUGAUGGCGAGGACGCUGAGAAGCCCAAGAAGCCCAAAACGCCCAGCACGUCUCCGCCGGGAUCUCCCUCGGAGGGCGACAGCUCGGACGCCCCCAGCCUUAACGACGACCUCAUCAACGACCUCAAGGACAUCGACCAGGACAACCGCAGCACCUCACCCAGCCUGCCGAGCCCACCCGAGCCCGAGUCCGACUCGGACUGCUCCACCCACAACGCCGAUGCCACUAUCAUGCCCACCAUCUCCUCCACCGUCACGCCGCCAGCCCCCGCCGCUGCGAAUGGCCCCAACCAGGGCGGCUGCCUCAUGGCCCCCAUCAGCGGCCUCAUGCCCGGCAGCCCGGCCACAAACGGUGGACUCGGCUCCAACACCGCCAUACCUCCCGGCGGCACCUCAACCUCCAUCAGCAGUAGCCUCCUGUCUGGUGGUGGCGGUGGCAGCGGCGGCAGCGGCGGCGGAGGUGGCGGUAGUGGUAGCAGUGGUGGCAGCGGUGGCAGCGCCGGUCUGAACAUGCCGACCUUGAUGGGAGGUCUGGGAUCCAGCCUGAGCCAGGUGGCCAUAAGCAGCGGUGGCGGCGGCGCAGCCGGGGGGGGGCCUCCGCUCGCGGUGGCGAACGUGGGGCCAUGCGGACCGCCGUCCGCUGCUGCCGCUGCGGCGGCGGCAGCAGCGGUGGCGCAGAUGAACGUGGCCCCCAUGGGCAGCUGCGCGGUGGCGCAGGCGUUUCACUCGGUGGUGUCUGGUGGCAGUGUAAGCUCCAUGCAGCAAUCGGUGUCCGUCGUGGGCGGCGGUGGCGCGGGCGGCGCGGCGAGCAUGAGCGUGGUGUCGGCGUCGUCCUCGUCCUCCUCUUCGGGGUCAUCCCUCUCCUCGUCGCUGUCGCUGCAUACCCAGGCCAUCGGCGGUGUCUAUGGCGGUGGAGGCGUCGGCGGCGUCAGCGGUGUCGGCAGCGGCCUUAUGAUGUCCCAGACGUUUUCGUCGUCAAUGUCGUCGUCGUCCUCGUCGUCGUCGCUCCAUCUGCCGCACCUGAGCCAGCAGCACCACCAGCACCAGCACCACCACCACCACCAGCAUCAGCACCAGCACCACCAGUUGCACCAGCUACAGCAGCAACACCACCAGCGCGGCCCGCACCAACACCACCACCAACAGCAGCAGCAGCAUCACCACGCCUCUGCGCACUUCGGUGGGCAUCACCAUCACCACCAGCACCAGCAGCACCAUGUGGAGCAGGCCAGGGUCCACGCACCAUCGCCGCCUCUGGCUGGAGUGAUGCCAGCUCAGCUUCUGCCACUGCCUCCUUCUUCGGCGGCGUCUGUCUUUGGCUCAUCCAAAAUAAAUCUGGCCGCAAUGGGGCAAGGCUCGGCCUACGACAAGCCGGGUGGCGGCAUGUCGAUAUGUGCUGGUGGCGGCGGCGGCAGCGGAGUGGGGGGGCCCCCAAAUUUGAUGGCGCCACACUUGAGUGGCGGUGGAGGCGGUGGCGGCGGCGGUGGCGGUGGUGCGAUGCACAAGCACCCGAUGAGCGUGCACUCGCAGGGCCAGGCACCGCCUGUGCCUCCACCGCCACAGGGAGGGCACGGUGCCCCGAUGCAGGGCCUCCCGUCUUGCCUGCCGGCAAACAUGCAACAACAACAGCAGCAGCAGAACCUGCCCUCAAACAUGGCUGCCAACUCGGGCGUUCCGAUUCCCCCGCCCACGACUCCCAUCCCACCUCUGCCACCAAAGCAAUCGAACUCAAGUGGUCAGUCGGGUGGAGCUUGCGGCGGUGGUGGCGGCGGAGGCGGCGGCGGUGGCGGCGGCGCCCUCGCGGGCCACUUUGGGGGGCAGCUGCCCCCACCCAACCUGAACUUGCCGCCGCCGCCAGCCCUGAAGCCGCUGUCGGCUCUUGCGCAGGGAGGCGGCGGCGGCGUCGGCGGCGGGGGGCCGACGCAGGGCAUGGGCCCGGGUCAGGGUUUACCUCAGCUGCCGCCCCCACUGCAGAUGCAGGCACACCCGCCACCGGCGCUCACGCAGGGCGGUGCCGCGGGCCAGCAGGGCGGCCCUGCCACGCUGGGCGAGUCCCUCGCUUCGGCCUACCCGGGCCCACUCGGCGGCGGCGGCGGGGGAUCCAUGAUGGGGCCAGCGCACCCGCCCGCCCUCACCCAGUCCGGCCCGCACUCGCUGGGCGACCCUCAGGCUUUGGCUUACGGCGGGAAGCCACAGGGCGGGAGCGGAGGUGGUUCCGGCAGCGGCGGCGGAGGAGCAGGUGGGAUCCCGCCGUUCCUGGCCGCCAAUCCCGGGCUGAUGUCGAAUGUGGGCGGGAUGGGCGCCGUGUCAUCGGCCUCGAUGAUGGGGUCGGCGGGGGCGGCCGCCCUGUCCCUCACGGCGUCGGUGGCGUCCGUCUCGUCGUCGUCGCUUAGCUGCGCCCCGGCGAACCUGUCCGCAUCAUCUCUGCCGCCACCGUCCGCGACGGCUUCGUCCUCUUCCUCAUCGGCGCCGUCCGCCCUCCCUUCGGCCGUCCCGCCCGGAUUCGGCACGGUGAAGGAGGAGGGAGGGGGAUCGGUAUCGGCUACGGGGGCAGUGGGGGCGGCAGUUGCCAUGGCGGCGGAGGAGUCGCCGGGAUCCCCCGGAAGUCCCCCGCCUCCCGUGCGACGUACCCCCUCCCCAGAGCCCAUCGUUGUGGACACGCCGAGCCACGUCAGCGCCAGCGCACGUUUCACCAAGCACCUGGACCGCGGCUACAACUCGUGUGCGCGCACUGACCUGUGCUUCGAGCCCCUUGCGGGCUCCAAGCUCGCCAAGAAGCGCGAGGACGGCGCAGAGCGUCUGCGGCGCGAGCGGGAGGAGAGGGAACGCGACGGACGCGAGAGGGAGGCGCGCGAGCGCGACCGCUCGUCCUUGGGCUCUGGUCUGGACGGCCCCCCAUCCGGCGGACCACCCCCCCCGGGCCCCCCGCCGGGUCCGCCGGGCCCCCCUCCACACCACCUACGCGGGACCCCCUACGACGCUCCACAGUCGGCUGCGGCCGUGGCGGCCGUCCACCCGUACCUGGGCCCCGACACGCCAGCGCUGCGCACGCUCAGCGAGUAUGCGCGCCCACACGUGCUCUCCCCCACCUCUGGCAGCGCCCUCGUGCGCUCAGGGGUGGCGGGGGUGGCGGCCGCGGCAGCUGCGGCUGCGGCCGCCGCCGCAGCCGGGCAUGGUCCCCCGCACCACCACCAGGCAGCGCACCACCAUCCGCACCACCACCCGCACCACCACCCACACCACCACCACCAUCCAUUCUUCGCCAUCCCCAGCAGCGACGUGGCCACCAUCUUCUACCACCCGCACAAUAUGGCGGCGGCGGCACACAUGUACUCGCAGCAACAGCAGCAGCAGAUCAGCCAGCAGAUCAGCCAGCAGAUCAGCCAGCAGCAGGCGCAGCAGCAGGCCCAGCAGCAGGCGCAGCAGCAGGCGGCCUCCGUGCAGCAGCAGCAGCAGCAGCAGUCGAGCGAGCGGGACCUGCGAGAGAUGCGUUUCAAGCCGGGCUACGAGAUGAAGCCACCAGAGAUGGACGGCGCAGGCGGCGGGGGCUCUGCGCCAGCGGGGCCCAGCACGCAGGGCGGCGCGUCGAUGGCGAGCGCGCUGGCGCUGCACUUCAACCCGGCGGGGUCGCUGGACCCUUUUGCGCUGCAGCGCGCCGGCGCGCACGCCUCGCUCGGCGUGAACCCGCACCACUUCGCCGCGUUCCCCGCGGGGGAGCGCGGGCACGGCCACGGCGGAGGCGGAGGGGGGGGCGGUGGCGCGGGCGGCGCCGGAGGAGGGGGCGGCGGCGGCGGCGGAGGAGGCGGCUCGGGAGGCGGGGGUGCUGCGGAACGGCUGGGCGUGGUGCCGGGCGGCGUUGCUCAAUCGCGGCAGGAGAUGGCGUACGCCGAGAGGCUUCACGCAGAGCGGCUGGCCUCGCUCGCGGCCAACGACCCGAUCGCAGCGGCGCGUCUGCAGAUGUACAACGUGACGCCGCACCACCACCAGCACUCGCACAUCCACUCGCACCUGCAUCUGCACCAGCCGGACUCGAUCCAUCCAGGCUCAGGCGUGCAUCCACUGAUGGAUCCCCUCGUCCCUCACGUUGGACGCUUCCCGUACCCACCAGGGCCCCUCGCCUCGCCCCUCAUGGGGCCGCCACCUCCCACCGGACCCGAGCAUGAGCUCCUUCGGCAUCCGCUCUUCGCCCCCGGCUACCGGGACCUGCCCCCGCUGCCGCCACACAUGUCUGCGGCGCACCAGCUGCAGGCGGUGCAUCAGAGCGCCGAGAUGCAGCGUCUGGCGCUGGAGCAGCAGCAGUGGCUGCAUGCGAGUGCCCACCACGCCCACCACGCCGCCGCCGCGCACCUCGCCAGCGCCCACGACGACUACUACAGCCGACUGAAGAAAGAGAACGAGAAGCCGCUGUGAGAGACCAACUUGCUCCUCUACCCGCCAGCCCCGCCAGCCCCACCAGCACACCCAUCCACCUGCUCGCCCACUCACCACGCCGCUCGUUACCCAGAUAGUGGCUCGUUCACCCAGUCUAGCCUGGUGUAGCCGACGUGGGGCGGUGGCGGCGGCGGUGGGUGGCGGCCGUGGCCAAUCACCGACUCGCCCCUCCCUACACCGUCGCCUGGUGCCGUAGACAGCACCGCGGUCGCUGCCCGGGUCGCGUGAGAAGGCACGCCACUUACCCGAUUGAUGCUGGCCUGUAGCGUCCUCGCGCACGUGUCUUUGUAUGUGUGCUGUACACGAGAGUCUUAACCCUUGUCAACCCUGGUCCUUCGCGUGCCGUCGGUCUCUCCGUCCGUUUGCCUGUCUGGGAAUUGAGAUUUACGCGGUGACUUGCCGAUGUUUUUUUAAGCCUUUUUUUGUGGGGAGUUGGAGGGAGGAGAGUGUCCGUCUGUUGCAGAGGUUCUCUAAAAAGAACGGUGCCGGUGGGAGGAGAGAGUGGAGGGGAGAGCACCAGAAAGGUGCAGAAAUAAAUGAGUCUGGAACAUAAGUGUGGGGAGCGGGAGUAGUCAUAAUAGAGAGCAAAUGUACAAAUAAAUAGUGAAGGGGAAACAGUACGAGUGGCACUGUUGUAGAGAGUCUGACUCAAAACCUUGCCCUCUUCAAGUUCAAUCCCUGUCUCGACCAAUCGUCGCCAUCAUCAUUGUUCCAGGGACAACACCAUGAGCGCCACGUGGUGAGAAGUCGACAUCGGGGUGUUCCUUGGAUGGACUGACACCUGCCACAUGAAUGUGGAUUUUUUCCACUGACCUCCAGCAGAGAAGCGUUAACCCAUUCACGCUUGAGCAUAGAGAGGCACUAACUUGCGACCACCGGUUGACUUCCAGGGGCAGCCCGCACUUUGCUCGCAGUGCAUUAACAACAUGCGAUUCAUAGCCAGAGGCUGGCUCUGCGAGUGCCCGCUCUCUCUGUGUCCACUGUGAUCCUGCUUGGCGUUCGUGCGUGACCCUGUGCGCCUGGCUGUGUACGUGUGUAAAUACCAUAAACGUGUGUGUGUGUUAAUGCUCGUGUAACUCUGGCGUGCGUUUGUGUGCUCCUGCACUAGCGUGCUUAUUUCUUCCACCGCCCAUUCCUCGUCUUGCUAUUUUCAGUCCUCUCAUCUCAAAGAAUCGCAGCGCAUUAAACAAAAUAGAAAACUUCGGGCCCUACGGGCGUUCAUCUCCUCGGCCCUGCAGAGAGCUUAAGGGUCUCCGGGCUUCAAUUGUAACCUAUGAAGGCUAAACUAAGGUACUUAAAUACAAUAGUAAAGUAUAAGCUACUGUAAGUAAGAAAUGAACAACAUUCAAGAUUUUUUUGUUUGUAUUUCAAAAGCAAACAUAAUUUUACACAAUCUCUUUAUAGGCCACAAUAUCUGUGCAUUUUCCAUCUGUGUCCAGAUACGAAGCCUUCUGAGCCAGAAUCUUGAUGGCUUCGUUGGAUCCAACGCGCGAGGUUGCCACGCAAUAUUGCGCGUGAUUAAAUAUGCCAGAAGGGAGGAAAAUUCCAAUUUUCUGCAGUGUUUGUCCUAGGCUCUUAUCGGCAGUGACUCCGAAAAGCAGGAUAAAUUGGAAUUUGUUUUUGUCAUCGAGAAUGGAAUUGUGUUUUCAACAGGAGCCAGUGGAAUCCGAGGGCUUCUUCUUGUUGUGAAGUCCACAUCCAACCAAGGCUUCAAUUAUGUGAUUGUUCCUUGUCCAGAUGUAGCGUGUUCCAUUGCUUGAAUCGAAAUUCCAAAGGAGUAUCAUGCAGAAGCCAACCUUCAGUUUGAGCACGUGAUGUUGAGCCAGUUGAUGAAUUCAUUGUCGACUGUAUCGGAACUUUUGUAGACUCUUCACCAGGAAAACAGUUAAUUGUCAUUUCAUUGAUCAAAUCAACAGUUUGUAGAUAAUUUUGCCAUGGUUUGCAAGGCAUGUGGUAUCACUGAAGUAAAUUUUCAGGCCAUAAAAAAGACAAAAUCACAGAGAUAGCGGAGGUUCUCAAAUGGAAGUAGGUAAAUGCCACUCGUUUUGAAGUGUAGAAGCUGCCCGUUAGAAGUCGGGGGAAUUAUCUUUUCGAAGAUUGCCGCAAAAACUCCGACGUCUCCGUAAAAUUCCAAGAUUGUGAGAAAAUUCAGAUAUUGACGUUAAUGUCGAGUUUUCCGCGAAUUGUACGUUCAUCAAACUGAAAGAGAACUAUAGGUGGUGUCCGCGUUUACCACACAAUGCGCCGCUGGAUACCCAGUCGUAAAUGAGAUCAUUUUUCGGACCCCAGGUUGCCAUAGACGCAAUGUUAUGGGGGUUACGUCUCUGAGCACGGGCUAGAAACCGAUUUUUUUCGCAAAAAAGUCCAGAAAUAUGUGAUUUAGUUAAAUAUAUAUGAAGUUUUAACCAUUCUUAAUGCUAUAACAUGUGAGAAAGCAGUCCCUUAGUGCUAUAAAUUGAUAGGCCAAGAGUGCUAAGUGUACAGUGCAGUACUGAACAUUAAAUGUUUACUGAAAUUUACGUAAAUUUUUAUGAAUAUUUAAAAUAUGUUUUUCUUACCUUCCUUGCUGUGCUUAAGUGACUUGACAUUUUGAAAGAAGAAAAAAACCCUCACCGACUUUAUACUACGUUGCACAGUCGAAAUAUCACCCUUCAAAUGUGCUCAGUCAUGUCGAAAUAUUUGGUCGUAAAUGAAGUUUUGUCUCUGAUAAAUCGUUGAAAUGGUCGCCUUAUACUGUAUACACAUUAUAAAUGUGUAUUGCAUUACAUCCGGUUUUGUAAAUGGGUUGUAAUGUUUCCCAAAUUUUCAAUCGACUAUUUUCCCGACAUUUAAAACUACACAAAAUCAAUACUUAAUUGAAGAAUAUUGUUUCACAAUGUGUUACACGGUUAAAAAAAUGGGCAAAAAAAUAUAUACGGACAGACGGUAACAAACUCAAACUUGCUCCAUUAUAUUGUAUGAUGAUGAUAUGAGGCAGACAGUCGAUUUUAGUGCAGUACAGCAAGGAGUUUUUCAGCCUAACUGCACGUAAGGAUUUUAGGGUUGUUCUUCCCUUUGUAUUAUGCGUGUUGUUACUCGCGGGCCCUCUGGUUUCCUACUGCCUGGAAUAAAAAUUCUAAACAAGGCAUUCACUGGGCGCGCCAAGCACAACCCUCCCUAAAAGGAGUCCUGAGACUCAUUAAAGGUUUUCCUGGGUAAAAAACUUCGAACUCUCGUCAUCGUUAAUAAUUACAGCCCUUUUGUCAGUCCAUGAAUUGAAGCCUUCCCACACACUGCGUCAAUCAUGGGGGGGCUGUUUAACCAUACUUCACCGCACUGGCAAGCGUGGAUUUGUUAAAGGGGCUGCCCGUGGAGGGGCUGGGUGCCGACUGACCAAUUGCCGUGUUGCCUGCCGACCAUCCCUGGUGUUAGCCCUGGCUGGGAAUGAAAUUCAUGUCGGUUGGUAAAACGAAAUUGGCAAGGUCGCACUGCUUAUCUUGGAUACGAUGAUUGUUCAAAUAGGUGGUAAUGUGACCGCGUUGGCAGGAGGUAUGAACACUAAUCCGUGCUCUUGAGCAGAACUCAACGCUGUCCAGCGGAGCCUCGGGGGCCAGAGAGAGGGGGAGAAUGACACUAAAUCAGCACAGUCAACAUAGCUCAGUCCAUGCACACGGGACUAGGCAUGCUGUACAAUUCACACAUGGAGAUAAUAAUGGGUGCGUUUGUGCAUUAAUUUGUUUGCAUACGUGUUCAUUUGUGUUGGUAUGCGAUGAAUGUGUGUACUUUGUGUGUAUUGUGUCGGUGUGCUAGAGUGUAUUUGUGUGUGUACUUGAGUUUGUGCAUGGUAAUGUAUUUGUGUAGGUGGGCACGUGUUCACAUUCUGUACCUGAGUUUGUGUGCGUUGGUGUGUACGUAUAGUGUAUAUGUCUAUUCAGGAUACAUGUGUGUGUAGUUCGUGUUUUCAUUUAUAUGCAAGCAGCUUGUGUUCAUGUGUGUAUAUAAAGCAUCUUACAAAGCAACAUCCGUUGUGUUGAGUACAUCUGGACUCGCCUGCUUGGCCCCUCGCCUCUGCGCUUGCAUGCGCUGCAUUCGCACACGCAUAUUCAUGUUUGCCUGUGAACUUGUCAACACAUUCGUGUGCAACCCUCUACGUUUGCGUAUGCACGUGCGUGGAAGCAAUCGACAUGGCGUGUGUUCUUAAGGCGUGCGCUUGCAGUGGCCAUUAUGAUUCUCCCUCGUUUUCGCAAAGGAACCUCGACUUAAUUCGCACCGGGCCCUCCAUGUAACCGGGACACCCCACGCUGUGUCAUGCUUGGCCACACUGGCCCGGCCUUGUCACUCUGAGCCACGAUGGGCCACGCUGUCACUCAGGGCCACGCGUGUCACUCUGGGCCACGCUGUGUCACUCUAGGUCAUGCUGGGCCACGCUGGGUUACGCUGUGUCACGCUGGGUCACGCUGGGCCACGCUGGGUCACGCUGUGUCACUCUGUGUCACACUAUGUCACUCUAGGCCACGCUGUGUCACGCUGUGCCACUCAGGGUCACGCUGUGUCACGCUGGGCCACGCUGUCACUCAGGGUCACGCUGUGUCACUGGGUCACUCUAGGCCACGCUGUGUCACGCUGGGCCAAGCUGUGUCACUCUAGGCCACGCUGUGUUUCCCCUCCGUGUCGCACUCAUGCAAGUGACCCGUGUUGAGGGUUCGCGUCCCCCACCCAGGUUUGUCGUGGCGGUCGUCCUCACCUCUUCCAUCUCUUUUUUUUAGCUCUCGUUUGCGCGUGUAACUACGUUUUUAAAACCCGACACUCGCACAAAACAUAUAAAUAUACAUUGAAUAAAUAUAUAUUACACAAACUAACUAAAACUUCGUAUACAAAGCCCGGCCGGCACAACUGUACAGCGACGUGAUUUAGCGUUCGUCCAUACUUUGUGCUUCUACAUGCUGUGCUCUUUCGGUUAUCGGUGUCAUGUGACGUCUUGCGGGGGGUGGGGGAGCUUGUGGGGGACCAAGUAAAGGGGUGGGGGUUGUGUAAGCAGAGAGGAUCAAGGGGGACACGCGUGCGUGUGCGCGUGUUUGUGUGUCUUUCCGGGGAGGGAGGAGGGGGAUUGUUGGCACAGCGGGAUUUUACGUAAAUGAUGAGUUUUGAGCCGUGGAGGAGAAGAGCGAUAAAAGAGGCCAAUUUGAAGGAUAUAUAGAGAGAAGCCCAGUACACAGGAGAUAACCAUCAUGAUUUAAUUUAAAUCAUGUGUGUGACUGCAUCUUGUACACAAGUCGGUAGGUGGGAGUGGGAACCCUUGACGAGGAGCUGACAGGGAGCACUGAAACACAGGAUGGGACAAUCGCUGACAAUUGUGGGAAAUUGGGGGGGGGGGGGGGAGACGAGGCCUUCAAAUUGAGAAGAGAUGACCGAGAUAGAGGCAUCUUCAGAUGGAGCAGAGGCGCUUUGAUGGAGGAAAGAGGCUUAAGAGUAGCCUGUGGAAUAGGACGCGCAUCGACCGUCGAUGUGAAAGGAUCAACGAUGGUAGUGGGCGAUGGAACCUCCUGGUUCAGAGAAGCUGCCAAAGAGAAACCCUAGCCUCGGGUUGGGGUCCCUCGACCUGACUCUUACCCCCCCCCCCCCCCACCUAUUUGACACCAUCUCCACCUGUCUCAGAAUCCCAUACAUUGUGGACAAACCGCAUUCAUCACCGCGGAAUCCUAUGGACAUUUACGCGAGUUCGGCCAAAGAAGCCCACGCUGGGAGCCGAACUCACGUCCUCGAGCUUGAGUGCGGCACUUCCAAGUCUGUUGCAGCGGGAUGAUUGUGAGCGCCGUGGGUGGACGCAUUUGACCCCCCCCCCCUCCUUCCCGGCCACUCGGAGGCCGAGUUUGUGGAUUCGUGGGGGGAACGACCGCUCCCGAGAUUCCCGUUGUGGUGCGGGCAGCGAUGAUGAUGACGUGUGUGAGACGUGGUAUUCUUGGCAUCUAGUUGGUGCCUUUAGGAGGCAGUACGACGAGUCGGGUUCCGACCCAUGUGGCUGGUGCCGAAACAAGGGGGCAGUACAAUUCUGUGUUCGGUCUUGGGCAAGAGUAAGGGGCACAGUUGUGUUGUUUGAGUGUGCCGUAUUGUGUGACAUUAGAGUUAUAUGUUGGAUGGGGUCAGGCGAUAAGUAUUAAAUACAGCAAGUGCUGUAUGAGAUGAGAUGUGCUGUCGGUUAUGUAUCAGGUGAGUUGGGGGUGGGGGAUUCUAUAUCGAUGGAAGAUGGAGAUUCUGCAUCACAUGAGUCGAGAUGAUUGUGGUGAGAGGGUGCUGCAUCGGAUGAUUUGAGGAUAAAAUAUCGGAUGAGAUGAGGGUUCUCUGUUGGAGGAGACGGGACCGUUCCAAGUCAGGUUUUCAGUAUUGACGAGAAGAGUUGUGAUCUGGAUUGGUCGCUCGGGCUAUAUAGGUUGUGUAUGGUGUUGUCGACAGAAACAUGAUUUAAGCAGUCACUUCAAUGUGGCUUUAAGACAAAUUCAGCCCAUGCCCCAAUCAGGAAUACGCCAGCAGAUGUUAACAAUCCUGCACAUGUUUGUGUUGUACUUGAUCACACUGUCAAUUGCAUAAAUGUUGAACUCUGAAAAAAAUGUAUGAGCUUCCCAACAAGCCACAUAUUUUGUAUACACCUUUUAAAAGCUCAUCGAGGAAAAGAUACAGUAUUAAUAAUUUGAAAUGGCAAAUGCAUAAACCAGCAGUUACCACCGAUGCUGGCAUUGCGGGUAUUAAUGCAAUAUACCCACGUGGACUACUCGACGAUACUGCAUGCCCCAAAUAGUGCGCCUUCUCCAUUUUGGCCAAGUGAACAAACUGCAUUGGGGACUGUAUUGGGAGUUUUGUAAAAUACCCACCCAUUGGUAAUCACACAAUGCGGAAACGUAACGACGUGUUUUUUGUUGUUCAAUAAAUGUUUUACAAAGGUUCUGUUUACUUGGGUAAAUGGCCAGUAUGACCCUAGCUCUAACCUCUAAUCCUUGGUCUCUUCAGCUCCUAGCGCCGGUUAAUAUUUAAUCAACGGUUGGGUAGAUUGUGACUAUGAACGACAGAUGCCCUGAGCUGCGUCCAGGGUUAUGGUUAGGGUUGGGGUCUUAACAGUGGCCUAGGCUGGCUGAUUGACAAUGCUGUCUGGUGUGAGCCCUCUGUUGGCGUGAAUGGUGGUGUCAGUGGAUUACGCAUGGGAUUGGGGCCACGGUUAAUCAUGAUGAGAUGUGGGAUAUUCACCUGUGGUUUGGUCAAUGUUCAGGUAGUACAGAAAUGUGCCCUCCGCUUGUACAGCAAGUAAGAUUCGACUGUGUAUCGAAGUCUCGGUUGUUCUUUGUACGCACGGUUUUUCUCCAGACACUCAUUAAACCUAAACAAAAAUCACAAUUAGACAAACGCCCAGAACUUGACCCUUGAUUUUAAACGAUGUUAAAGGCUCGAUGAGGAUUUCCUGCUUAACACUUUGCACAUCUAACUAUACCUUUACAAGCACAAUCUGUCUCGAGAAAGCGCCCGUAGCGCGUCCAUCCCCAAGUUAACAAAAAACGCCGUCACGUCCAGUUGUACGGUGAUUGAUAUUCACGUGCAACUAACCCACAUCCAAAGCCGUCAUUACUCGCCACCAACCUGGCAGACCACCAACGUGGCAGCCAUGUGAGCCUGCUGGUGGUCAACAGUAGCUCUUGCCAAUCUUGGAAGUCACUAACCAGAAAAGUUUGGAUGCAAACGCCGUAAGUCAUAUCUGGCGAGCGGAGUUUAAAAAAAUAUAUAGCGUCUCUUCCAUUUGCGCUCGAGCGUGCAAUGAGUGUCAGGUGUCCCACGAUGCCGGAGGGCAGCAAAACACCGCGUCAAACAUGACACAGCGUCUGUUUUGUGAUGUCAGUAUGUGAUGACGUAUUGCCCCAUGGUGUAAUUUCUCGUUCCUGUCGUCGUCGUCGAGCAUUUGAAGAAACGGCAGCGCAUUGUUGCUGGGGAAGGCUGACGAGUGAAGGCUACUGGCCCACCUGAUAAUUAUGAUCCAUCACCUCCCUCCGACGUGGAUCUGAGGUGGCACGUUAGCAUAAAUACAAAUCUAUGCUGCUUUCCGCGUUCAUUUUUCACCGAAGGUAACUUACCCACCAAACCACCUCUCCCGGCCUAAUGAUGUCACGAUUUCACGAUGUUGCACCCUGCGCAAAGGGAUCGCGUGAUGUGUUUAGCAACGCGAGGAAGACUUUUCCACAAACGGAACUCAAAUGUCAUUUGAAUGUGAAUCUCUGAGAUCUAGUCUGGGUGGCACCGCGUUAAAAGUUGUCCAGCAAACCAAUUGAUGGAACCACGUUCUGUGUCGUUGCCCAGUGUGUGUUCACGUCGUCGCGAGCGACGCAUCGUUGUUUGGGGGGUGGGUGAAUUGGGGGAUAGGGUGUUGGGUUUUGUUGAUGGACAGCGUUUGGCAGCGACCACAACUGUUGCACGAGGAGACAACUGUUGUGGUUUUCGUACGGAGCCGCCACCAACCUCGUUUUCCGUGUGCGAGCUGCGUGAGCCGUCACCGCCAGCCGCACUGCGUCUCCUCCAGGCCCCCUCCCCCUUACCCUGCUCGGGGCUCAGUAGGCAAUGUUGAAACGAGGUGUCGGUGCCGCGUGCGGUAGAGUGAGUCGACGGCCUUGCGUCCCGAACCGCCCACGUUGUAGGUGUCUGUAGAGAGGAGGCUCUGUAAUUAAAUUAACGAGAUAUGAGUGAGCGUCGCCAGAAAUUUAAGUGAUGUUGUCUUGAGAAGUACAAUAAAUAAACAUCCUAAGUGAA